AGGAUUAGUGAGGACAUGGAGCGUCGUCAGAGUCUGGAGGAUCAGCUUAGGUGUCCCGUCUGUCUGGAUGUCUUCACUGAGCCCCUGAUGUUACAGUGUGGACACUCCUACUGCAGGUGUUGUGUGCGCUCCAUGACAAUGGACUUGCUCGGUCAGCUGCAGUGUCCCGUAUGUCGCUGCGCCGUGGACGGAGACAGUCCUCCUCCCAACGUCAGUCUUGCUCGAAUUAUCGAGGCUCUGCAGGAAGUGAGCAUUUCAGGUGGCACUCAGCCGGAGACGUGUCCUCAGCACCACAACCCGCUGAGCCUUUACUGCGAGGACGAACACCUGGUGAUCUGUGGCCUCUGUGGGAGCAUCGGAGCUCACCGUGGACACAAAAUCACACCUGUGGGCUCCGUCUACAGCCGCAUGAAGGAGGACAUCUCGUGUCUGAUGACAGAGUUUCAGCACCAAAAGCGGAGGGUGGAGGAUCAGAUCUGUAAGAUGACGUUCAACAAGUCCAGGAUCACUAACGAGUCUGACGUGCUGAAGUGGGUGGUGAGGAAGGAGUUUGGCGAACUGCGGCGCUGUCUGGAGGUGGAGGAGGCGGGGUUUAUGCAGCAGGUGGAGACGUCUGCCGCCGUCCUCAUCGCGUCCCUCCAGAACCAGACGGACCAGUUAAACCUCAACCUGAACCGGCUGCAGGAGGCGCACAACACCCUGCAGGACCUGAGCGACGAGGGACACCUGGACUUCAUCAUGAAAUACGGAUCAAUCGCUCCAAGGUUCAGGCAGAUCCAGGAGCUUCAGCAAAAGGAGUUGAGGAUCUUCAGUUCUCUAAACUUCAAAACUGGAUUCAAUCACAACGACAUCAAACUCACUGUGUGGAAACGACUCCACAGGAAAGUACUGCCAGCUCCGGAGCCGUUGAAGCUGGAUCCUCAGACAGCUCACCCGAUGUUGGAGCUGCGUCUCGGGGACACGGCGGUGUGCUGCGGCGCUCUGCUGCGGCGGCUUCCUGACAAUCCGGAGCGGUUCAGUUACAGUUACUGUGUUCUGGCCAACCGCGGCUUCUCCUCCGGGAAACACUUCUGGGAGGUGGAGGUCGGGAACAAACCGAAGUGGCGUCUGGGUUUGAUCAAAGGGACGACGAAUCGUAAGGCCAAGCUGGUGAAGAACCCGGAGAGCGGCGUUUGGCUGAUUGGGCUGAAAGACGGCGUUUACGAAGCCUUCGCGUCUCCGCGGGUGGUGCUGCCGCUGGCGUCUCCUCCCCACAGGGUGGCGGUCUUCCUGGACUACGAGGGCCGAGCUCUGACCUUCUACAGCAGUGACGGUCCCGACGAGCUGGGCUUCAUCUACAGCUUCAGACUGGAGCUCCAGGGGAAGGUCUACCCCCUGCUGGACGUCUGCUGGCACCACCGAGGACACAACAAACACCCCCUGCUCCUCCCCCAGCCCCACAGGGAGCACCUCCUCCCCCAGAAACACGACAAGUGUGAUGACUCGGAGACACAACAAGCACAGAGACAGUCAGAGUGAGACGGACAGCAUCAGCAGUUCAUGAUUCGAGUCUCAGAGUCAGACUGAAACCAGGAGAAGGGGGGCGGCUGAAAACCAGAGAGAGAUUUUAUCAUCCACCUCAGAGUAAGUUUGUCUUCACUCAAAGAUACAAAACGUAAAACAAUAAAACACCAAAAACACAAAUGUAUAUAAAUAUAAAUAAAUUCAUUAAAUUGAGCACAUCCUAUAAAACAGUAGUUCCCCCUGAUACAAAGAUCCCGCGUUCAUCACCUGAAUGGUAUAUAGAAUAAAAAACCUCCUUUAAAUCUUACGACUGGUCUUCGGGACCCUAAAUCAACGGCUCAAACUCUGAGUGUAAUGGAUGUGAGGCAUCUGUGGUUAUAUGUUUGUCCUUCCUGCCUACAAACACCGUCAAAUAUAUGUCGCUGAGUCGAGUCUGCGACAAUCAGCUUCUUCUUCCAGACGUCAGUUUUGUAGAUUC